ACGUGCUGUUUGCAAAGCUUCUUCUAAAUCCUGACUCAUCGCAGCUCUGGGUCACAUGCUGCUGUCUCGGCCCUAUCAGGGGCGUCUCCAUCCUGCUGCUGCUGCUGCCGUUGGCUUAGAGGACACAUCAUCUCCCCUUGAGGUCCUGCUCCUACAUCCUUUCUCAGCUCCAUCCUCCUCCUUCUUCCAGCAGCACUUUCUCAGUCUCUUGCUCACACCUGCCUUAGGAAGGACAGCACUGCUGCAGCCUGUGAGUUCCAGUGCGGCUCUUCCUCCAUCUGGGGCCUUGGAGGUGGAGAACUGGACAGUGAGAGACAGAAGAAGCAAGGAAGGAAAGGAAAGAUCGGGAUCACCAUGUCCAUUGAAAAGAUCCAUGCCCGGGAGAUCCUGGAUUCCCGUGGGAAUCCCACCAUUGAGGUGGAUUUGUACACAGAAAAAGGCAUGUUCCGUGCUGCAGUUCCUAGUGGUGCUUCCACUGGCAUCUACGAAGCUCUGGAGCUGCGAGACAAUGACAAGUUCAGAUUCCUCGGAAAAGGGGUCCUGCAGGCAGUGGAUCAUAUCAACAGUACUAUUGCCCCAGCUCUCCUGGGCUCUGGCUUCUCUGUUGUGGAUCAAGAGAAGAUAGAUAACCUCAUGCUAGAGAUGGACGGGACAGAAAAUAAAUCUAAAUUUGGAGCCAAUGCAAUCCUGGGGGUCUCUCUGGCUGUGUGCAAGGCAGGUGCUGCGGAGAAGGAUGUGCCCCUGUACCGACACAUCGCUGACCUGGCUGGGAACUCCGACCUCAUCCUGCCAGUGCCCGCCUUCAAUGUGAUCAAUGGAGGCUCCCACGCAGGGAACAAGCUGGCCAUGCAGGAGUUCAUGAUCCUGCCUGUGGGGGCUGAAAGCUUCCGUGAUGCCAUGCGCAUUGGAGCCGAGGUCUACCACAACCUCAAGAGCGUCAUCAAGGAAAAGUAUGGGAAGGAUGCCACCAAUGUGGGUGAUGAGGGCGGCUUUGCCCCCAACAUCCUGGAGAACAGCGAAGCUCUGGAACUCCUCAAGGAAGCCAUUGACAAAGCCGGCUACACUGAGAAGAUUGUCAUUGGCAUGGAUGUGGCAGCAUCUGAGUUCUACCGCGAUGGCAAAUACGAUUUGGACUUCAAAUCCCCUGAUGACCCCAGCCGCUGCAUCUCUGCCGAUGAGCUGGGAGACCUCUACCAAAGCUUUGUUCACGAUUACCCAGUGGUCUCCAUUGAGGAUCCUUUUGAUCAGGAUGACUGGGAGGCCUGGUCCAAGUUCACAGCCAAUGUGGGGAUUCAGAUUGUGGGGGAUGACCUGACAGUGACCAACCCCAAGCGCAUUGAGCGAGCUGUUGAGGAAAAAGCCUGCAACUGCCUCCUGCUCAAAGUCAACCAGAUUGGAUCAGUUACUGAAGCCAUUCAAGCCUGUAAGUUGGCCCAGGAGAAUGGCUGGGGAGUGAUGGUGAGUCACCGAUCUGGGGAGACUGAAGACACCUUCAUUGCUGAUCUGGUUGUGGGCCUGUGUACUGGGCAGAUAAAGACAGGAGCCCCCUGCAGGUCUGAGCGACUGGCCAAAUACAACCAGCUUAUGAGGAUUGAGGAAGAGCUUGGGGAUGAAGCUCGCUUCGCUGGACACAACUUUCGUAACCCAAGUGUCCUUUGAACACUGCCCAUGGCACACUGCAACUCCCCAGCCAAUUCCCAAUGCACAGACUCUGAAGCUACCUUUCCUGCACCAUCCCCCCCGGC